GUGAGAUCAGAUGUGUGUGUGUGUGUGUGGAGGAAAAAUUUACUCUUUAAUAAUUCUGUCACCACAAACACACACGACAGUGAACACACAGUGAAGACUGUCUGUGCCCCCUGGUGCUGUAUAGGGCAGGACGCUGGCGCUGUGUGUGUGUGGUUGAUGUUGAGGUGAUGUUGAGGAGACGGUACCGGCGUGGGCGUCUCAGCGCUAACAUGUUUGGAUGUUUGGCGUGGACGGAAGAUAGCCGCGGUACCUUGUGUGGUCAUGUGACUGAGGGGGGCGACUGUGAGGACAGGCUGUUCUGAUCUUCAUUCUCUCUCUGUACAGGUGAACCAGGUCCAACCGUCCUCUCACCGUCCUGAGACUCAGCGUCCUGCUCACAGGUGUUACUCUGAGGUUUUCUCUGCCGGGUUCUUCUGCCCAUCCACUGUUUGCUCGGACUGGUUUCUCAGGGCAGGACCAGCCCUCCCAACACACAAAUCCACCUGCUGUCAUCACCUGGAACCCCUCAGUAUCCAGUAAGACGCGACCUCUUCUUCUCCUCCUCCGGUUCUGAUGGCGGACGGUCGGCAGCCUGAGGACAGCACCCACCAGUGGGCGUCGCCAGGAGACCAGGACUCGCCCAGUCCCGUCGGAGAGAACGGCUUUUCCUACAGGAUGUGCCAGCCUGGCGCCGCCCACGCCACCUCCACCGGCUCCUUCGCCAAAGAAAACGGUUUUAACGGAGAUCUGGCGUCGGCUCACGGGGUCACGGCAGAACAAGUGUCGGCGAGGAUCGUACAGGAAGUCACAGCCGAGGCGGUCGCCGUGCUGAAGGGGGAGCAGGAGCUUCAUCCAGAUACUGCAGUUCGACUGGCAUCAGUGGAAGACUCAACGAAUUUACCCCCGUCCCCGCCGCCCUCGCCUGCAGCUGAGCCCUUCAGCCCUCUGGAGCAGGAUGUAGGGGAUGAGGAGGAGGCUGGGCCUCUCUGUCGCUUCCAAAAUUCUCGGGAGAGGUGCAAGUUCCUCGCCCCCUCCAUCUCGGUUUCAGUGCCCGAGGAUGAGCCCUACUACUCUGACGAGGAGUACUAUGACCACCCCUUAUUCAGCCCUGAGUGGACACUCUCGGGCUCGCGCCCUUCACGGCAGGCCGCUGCCUUUAGCCAGAUCGAAGAAGAAGAGACUAUAGGGGCUCUGUCGGCAGUGGAGGAGGAUGAGUACGCUGCAGCAGCCUCAGCUUUAGAGGAAGAGGAAGAGGAGGAAGAGCAGGACCAGUCGAGUGAGGAAGAGCCUGAGCAGGAAGCUUUAGAUCAGGCUGAGCUGGUAGGAGAGUCCCAGGCUUUGUCCAGCCUGCAGGCCGUGCACCCUGGAGCUCCUAACGGGAGCGCCGAGGAUGCAGGGAGGGACGAGAGCCCUGAGAAAGCUCUGAAGAUGGAAGAAGAAAAGCCAUACGGGGAAAGGACGGCGCCCGUCGGCAUGGACUUCUCUCGCCCGGAGGUGCUCCAUGACGAUCUCCCCUCCUAUCAGAGUGUCGUUCCUGAGAAAGAAACAUCGCCCUUAUCGUCACCGGAUCCACGUGACACGGAGGCGUUCACCGUUUCCCACAAGGACCAAAGCUGUGCUAAACAUCUGACUGAAGCUCUCGCCGAGAAGCAAAGCCCAGAUCCUUUCGAUGCACUUUCUUCAGACUCUUUUAAGUCUCAAAUAUGUGAAAUGGAGUCUUUGAUUACUGGAGGAGAGCAGAUAGACCAUCCAGCUAGUGCCAAAACUUCAGAAGUGCCUGGAAAUGAGUCCAUCAGCUUAGAUAAAAAAGAACAAUCGAAUACGGACAAGUCUGGAAUGUCUGCAUAUUUUGAAACUACAACCCUUAAUCCAGAAGAGGCAGGAGUCCAAGGUGAAGGGUAUUAUGAGCUUAGUGCACCUUCACAUGAGACUGAAUCUGCCCCGGUUAUGUCCUCAGUUCCAGAAAUUAGCUAUAGCACCCUGGCUCAGAUUCAUUCUGUGGAUGAAAAGACAGAAGAUCUGAAGGGCAUCACAGAGCAACAAACGGUUCAACCACUGUCUGAGAAAAGAGACGAUUGCAGACUCUCUCCUGGGAAGCUGGCCUUGGAGCAAAGAAGUUACUCCCUAAACAUCACCAUUGGGGCUGUGGAUCAAAGUGGCAGCCAAGGACAGGCCAAAAACCUCUCCCCAUUAGCAACGGACAUCAUGUCUUACACCAGUGGAAGUCUGGACGAUUCAGCUGGAUACCUUCCAGUCACAACUCCGCCGGCUGAGAAGCUGCCAUCUUUCCCACCGCUGAUCCUCGAGACGUCCGCGUCCGUCACCACACCGUCGACCUCUCCUCCCAAUGAGACAGCAGAUGACGUCAAAUCUCCGAUUGCACAACCUGAAUCCCCAGAGUCUCCCUUCCCAGCUAAGUUUAACUAUAGGAAUGGCGCCCCAAUGACGCAGGACCUGCCAGAAAUGCUGGACCUGGCAGGUGCCCGAACGAGGCUGACAUCUGAAAACACAGACUCUGAGAUCUUAAGAAGGAAGUCAGUGCCCGCUGACAUGCCCGCUCUCGUGAGUGACUCUUUAGCUCAUUUGUUGCAGGGCGACAGGUCUCCUCGAGUCGCUAAAAGUGAGGGUCAGCUGGAGGAGCAGGGAUACUGUGUCUUCAGCGAGUACUCUGGUCCCAUGCCAUCUCCUGCAGAUGUACUCAGUCCACUAGAAUCUCCACCAACACAGAUCUUCAACAGAAUGAUAUCAGAGGAGAAAGAGACAAGUCCACCUGCUGGAGGACUGGAGAGUCUACCAACCUCCAAGGACCUAAAGGAAGACACUGAGCCAGGAGUAAAGGAACAAAAGGAUACGAGUAAAGAACCAUGCAUGGAAGAUUUCCCUGAGAUCUCUGAGACAGAGCAGCCCAGUAAACAAGCUGAGACCUUCAUCACUCCGACCGUGACCGUUACUUUGGAAGGAGCAAAGUCUUAUCUAGACGCAGAGGCCAAACUUUCAGCUGAGCAAGAGGCUGAAAUAGCUGAUUAUGAGAGGCAAAUCCGCAAGCUGGAAAUGGAAGACAGGCCUUUGAGUGUGGAAGAGGAGCGUGAGCUCCAGGAGCUUCGAGAGAAAGUAAAGAACAAGCCAGAUUUGGUCCACCAAGAGGCCUAUGAAGAGGUUGAUGCUGAGGAUGUGUACCAGCUCACCGGGGUUGCCAAGGACAGGAUUGCUAGACCCAUAAGACCAUCCCCAGCCUCAUCAGUGGAGAGUGCUACCGAUGAGGACAGGGGUUCUGCUGACCAGGAGAAAGCAAAACCAGCAGAGGAGAAAGAUGGUCUAGUGGAGGAGCCUGUGAAAUCUAUCAAGGAGGACGAACCUGUGGAGGUUCCUGUUAGGGAGGUGGAGACUGCAGUCGAAGAGAAAACACGGUUAGAUUCUGCACUUCCAGAGGAGUCAGUUUCUUCUAAUGUGGUGGCUCAGAGUUCAGAAGAAGAAAUAGAAGUAGCUGAGGAGCCUGAAGAGUUCAUUCAGGAAACUAAAGAAGAGAAGCAUGUAGACGUGCCAGACGUGCUGGAGAUGCACAAGAACAUUGAAGUAGAAAAUGUUGAAAGAGAGACAUAUGAACCAUCUGAGCCUGAAACCAAAGAAGAGAAGAUCGAAGAGCCAGAGCUGGUUACUGAGAAUGAUAAAGGUCCUGAAAUUAAGAAAUAUGAGGAACCAGAAGUUGUUGAAAAAAGUAAAGAACCCCAAGGUGUUAAGAAACUUGAAGAACCUGAAGUUGUUGAGGAAUUGAAAGAACCUGAACUUGUUAAAAAAAGUGAAGAACCUAAAGUUGUUGAGAAAUUUGAAGAACCUAAAGUUGUUGAGAAAUUUGAAGAACCUGAAUUUGUUAAGAACUCUGAAGAACCUGAAGCUAUUAAAAAAGGUGAAGCUCCUUUAGAUUUAGAAGAAGUUGAAGAACCUGAAGUUGUUAAAAUAGUUGAAGAACCUGAAGUAGUUGAAGAAGUUAAAGAACCUAAAGAAGUUGAAGAAGUUAAAGAACCUGAAGAAGUUGAAGAAGUUAAGGAACCUGAUGUUGACGAGAAAGAUGAAACCAAAAACCACGAGGUGAUGGAAGGAGCAGGAGCAGCGGUGGAAGAACCCGGAGAGACACGAGCUGCCAUCGAAUCUGUUGUCACGGUGGAAGACGACUUUAUCACGGUGGUCCAGACGAUUGAUGAACGAGAAGGACCUGGUCACAGCGUACGAUUUUCUACUCCCCCUGAAGAAGAACCACAUCAACUGCUUGAGGAUGAAGAAGAGGAGGAAGAUUCAAUAGAAAUGGCUCAGGAAGCAGACAUGGAACCGGCAAGCCUAAAGGAAGUCCAGGAUGUUCCAGAAGACGUGCAGGCUCAAGAACGACCUUCUGAAGAAGUGCCAGAGAGCGAGGUGCCCACCGAGAGCUACGAUGACUUCAAGGAUGAAACCACCAUUGACGACUCCAUUUUGGACAGUUCCUGGGUGGACACUCAAGAUGAUGAUAAGAGUUUGGCUACAGAGAAGAUCGAACCUCUUCCCAGAACAAUGAGUCCUGCUAAAAAACCUUCUGAGAAACCAGUUAAACCAAGGGCUAAAGAUGGCAGAGCCAAGGGUCGCGUCUCCACUCCAGAACGUAAACCCGUGAGGAAAGACACGGUGCAGAUCCACAAGGAGGAGAUGAAGAAGAAAAAAGCCGUGAUUAAGAAGGUGGACAUGACUAAAGCAGCAGAGACCCCGAGUCGCUCUCCCUCCCGCCGGAGCGCUUUGAAGGGGGCGGUGAGGCACCCCAGAGCCGCUCAGCAUCACGCCGGAGCUAAACGGAAACCUACAGUGUCGGCGGAUGGACGGCUGCCCUUCAGCUCAGUGCGACACUCCAGAGACCGAGCGUCUUUCCCCAGUCCAACAUCUCCAUCAAAGAUCCCCACCUGUAAAUCAAGGGUGUCGGCUGCUCCCUCGCCCCACCUGAACUCUACCUGCACCUCCUCCAGCUCAUGUGUGACGGACCAUGAUCCCUCAUUAUCAGUUCCUCAGGAUCAGGUCCUCUCCAAUCAUUUAGAGAAGGACGGUGGAUCCCGGAGUCCAGAGAAGAGAUCGUCUUUACCUCGACCGACCUCCAUCCUCACACGCCGCUCCUACACCACCGACCACGAGGAGACGUCCACCUCCAUCACCAGCUCCGGCUCCACCGCACCACGCCGACCCACCUCGUUCCACACCGGAGUCCGAGCCGAACACAGGACGGGACGAUCGGCCAGUAUGACAGGCACCGAGUCCCGCUCCCGCUCCGCUCGCUCGGGCACCUCCACGCCACGCACCCCUGGUUCCUCCGCCAUCACCCCCGGGACUCCGCCCAGCACAUCGUGUCGCACCCCGGGUACCCCCCGUACCCCGGGCACCCCCAAAUCGCUCAGCCUGCUCUCCCAGGAGAAGAAGGUGGCAGUGAUCCGCACCCCCCCGAAAUCACCCGCCACCACGUCCAAGCAGCUGCGCGUCAUCAACCAGCCCAUGCCCGACCUGAAGAACGUCAAAUCCAAAAUCGGCUCCAUCGACAACAUCAAGUACCAGCCUAAAGGAGGACAGGUUUUAAUUUUACAGGUACAGAUUCAGUCGAAGAAGCUCGAUCUGAGUCAUGUGACCUCCAAGUGUGGAUCACUGGACAACAUCCACCACAAACCAGGUGGCGGUAACGUGCGUAUCGAGAGCGUGAGGCUGGAUUUUAAGGAUAAAGCUCAGGCUAAGAUCGGAUCUCUGGAUAACGCUCAUCACAUUCCUGGUGGAGGCCAAGUGAUGACCGCACCUACGGGUACACAGCGGAAGAUCGAGAGCCACAAGCUGAUGUUCCGUGAGACGGCGAAGGCCCGGGUGGACCACGGCGCCGAGAUCGUGUCCCAGUCUCCGCCCCUGUCUCCUCACGGUCACAGUCACAUGUCCUCGUCAGGCAGCAUCAACCUCCUGGAGUCGCCUCAGCUGGCCACGCUGGCCGAAGACGUCACGGCCGCCCUGGCCAAGCAGGGACUCUAAACGUGCUGUCGACCCUCCGUACCGCCGGCUACGUCCACCCGCCGGCUCCCACCGCCCCGAUAUAUACGCGCAGCAUCCCUGUAGUGGCGUUGUAGUAGUGGCGCACGACCCUCCGAACGUUUAGGGACGACGAACCUUCCCUCUCAUCUCACCCGCAUCACACCCGAUACCUGAUGAUGGACUGAGAGCGGCGCCCGACCCCGGGACGCGGGGGAACCCAUCCCGGAUCGUCCCAUCGAUUUUUACUCCUAUUUUCUGUUGGUUUUACUCUACAUUCCCGUCCCGUAGCUGUAGGUCUCAGUGCUUUUACUCUCCUGUGUGUCGUGUUGGGUUUUUUACAGCGCUGUACAGAUACCACGCUGAUCUCAGAUCAGGUUUAGGAAUAGGACUGUGGGCAUCUCGUCACCCCUCAGUGCAUGAAGUUACAACCCUGCAUUUCAGUAAUAAUAAUAAUAAUAAUAAUAAAAUAAUAAAAACAGCUUAAACUCGCUCACCUGAUCAACAGAAUAAUAAAGCGUGUACAAUAAAACAUGUAUUAUUACCUGAAAUAUUUCUUAACAGCAUCUCCUGAUAAAAAAAUAAAAUAAUAAACGAGCUCUCGUUGAGUAACGUAUAUAACGUAUAUAACGUAUAUAACGUAUAUAACUGUAAACGGAGGAGAAGAAAAUAACGGUGAUGCGCAUGUGAGUCUAACACGGGAAUAAAAUCUUUUCUAUUUAAAUAAAACUGAUUUUAAUAAGUUA